CGGGCCUUUGCCACUGCAAGCCGCUCAAAACAGCCAAGCUAGAUUUGCCCCAAAGAAGGGUAUUGAUCUGCAAUGGCUUGAAGACAUCAGGCACCAUGCUGUGGCUGCUGCUUUUGGCUGUGGGGGUUGACGCGACGUCGACCGGAACCACUGUAUAUGGUGCUUCAACUCUUUGCUUCACAUUGGUGCGUCCAGGGGAUCAGGCGAAGCUCUUGGCACAGCAGUUCUUCGAAGGCAUUGGAAUAUUUGCGUGUGACAAUCACAUGAUCUUCAGCAGUGCUCCAGCCGAGGAGCUUUUCCAGCCAAAGCAAUGGGGAAUCAAGAGGUGGCCAAACAAUGGCCCAUUGGUGUACUUGGUACCCGGAUGGCAAGCAGAGCCUGAUGUGAAUACAAUGCAGAAGGUGUGGCAACAGGUCUCCGAGAUUGGACUCUACAAAGAGUACUCGUGGACAUUGAAGAUGGAACCCGAGGUUGCCUUUCUGACAUCAACCAUACAUGAUGUCCUGACCUCUCAUUGCUCUGACCGUGAUUGCAAAGCGAUCUUUUUGGCGAACAGUGCCUCAAAGAUCUUCAGUCAGGUCCAGGCUCUGACCAGGAGGGCCGUAGAGCAGCUUGGAAACCAUGCGGAUGUUUGCCAAGACAAGGUCGCAGAUGACUCACCGGAUGCUUACCUGCAAGACUGCUUGAUGUUGAGUGGUGCAAAAGCCGUGAAGGAGGACAAACUCCUCGCAGACUUUUCACACGCGACGGUGGCAACUGUGUGUAAUUCGAGCACCGGUGGGUUCUAUCCAUUUGCAGAAUGGGGACAAUACAUGUCCUGCCUUGGCCAGGCUGGGUAUUCGGUGAUCCCGGACUCUCCAAACAAUCUGGCCAAGGUAUCGUGGACGCGAGAUGUCUUGCUGAAAGGCGGUUAUCUCAGACCGACGAUCUUUUGCUGGGCCCUUGUGCAACACGCCGGGCAGGAACCAAAACUUAUGGAAUGGCAACGAGAAAGAGGUUUAGGCAUUUUUGCCUGCGAUGGUUGGAUGGUUGUUAGCAACGCCUCCGCGCGGGAGGUGCUCGAAGGACAGGCUUGGCACACGGACAUCGUGGUGGUCCAUGAGCAGACGAUGGUGUCAAAGACCUUUAUCAGCAAAGGGGGCAAGUUGCUUCCGGUGAUUCCCAAUGCUGGCGUUUUUGCGCUGGCAUGGCAAGCAGUCUUCACCAAAGGUGACUUUCGCAAGUAUGAUUGGACCAUAAAACUGGACGUUGAUGUGGCUGUUGUUCCAGAACGUUUGCGGGAGGUUUUGCAUGCUCGGUGUGGGCCUUCUGGCUGCGGCAAGAAGAUGCUUCAGACCUUUGGCGGAGAUUUGCAAGGUCCAGUGGAGGCCUUCAGCAAAGAGGCCGCUGCAUCUUUUGCAGCGGGUUUUACUUCCUGCACGAGCGUUGCGGGCUGGAACAAGCAGCCGGAAAGCCAAUGGCUCUCGAGCUGCGCAAGUACUCUUGGGAUAGCAGCUGAAAGGGCACCAAGGCUACUUUCGGGAUACCAUGAGGAAGUUCCUCGGCCUUGUGACACUGUGCAUGGCCUUUUCCAUCCAUUUCCGCAAGUGGAUGGGAUGAAGCAAUGUUUGAAGCAAUCUGGAUACUACUACAUCCACGCGCCGGCUACCAGCACCCGAACCAGCAUCACAACGAGGACCACCACUACAUCCUCAACAAUUACACGCACAAGCUCCACAGCAACUACCAGCACUAUGACAUACACAAUUGCAAAAGUUGCACCAGACAGCAUUUUUAACUUCGAGCGACGAUCCUUCCAGAAGCAGCUCCCCGUGUGGGUCAUCACCGCCGAAAACGAACACCGGGGCAUUCCUUUCGCCAUUGGUUUGGCCACCAGCCUUUUGCUGCUCUUUUGCAUCCCAAUUGUAGGCUUUUUCAGGACGACACCACCAGCACCAGUGCCUGGCGGGACUGUUCUGCCUCGAGUUGCGCCAGAAGAGAUAGAGGAUCCACUUCUAAGAGGACCAUGAAGCAGAUGUUGAUGCCCCGUGCUUCAGUUUUGUAUAGUUUUGCAGCAUUUCAGGUCUUUUAUUUUGUUCACCUGAUCCAUUGCUUUUAAGGCCCGCUCAAAGCUACUUGCGCCCUGAUGGCAACUACUACAUCUGGGCGCUGUCAGACCGACAACAACGAUUGUCGAGAAUUGUGCCCGAUCUAAAUUAGCUGACAAAAGUGUUGACAUUCUAAACCGCUGAUCUAAACGCCCCUUUGACCUGGAGCAGGGGACCUCAAAAAGUCAGCAAACGGCAGUAGUGAGUACGAUUGGCCUUGCCCAAGGCCUGAACCACCCAAUUCUAUUGUCCACCAUGUGCGAGCCC